UCUUUCCACCAUAACCCUAUCUAAUUAGGGUUUUCAGAUCUUCCACCUUGUCUUUACUGUCCCGAUUAGGUCGCGAAGAUGAUGCAACAACCAACUGGGGUUGCCCCUCCACCGAUGGCACCGCCGCCUCAGAUGGGGGUGGAUCAGCAAGCGCAGCAGUACGCACAGCAGCAGCAAUACGCACAGCAGCAGCAGUGGAUGAUGAUGCCACCGGCGCCUCAGCAACCGGUGCCACCACCCGCAGGAUGGACCCCGCAGUCCAUGCCGCCGCCUAUUUCGCAAGCGCAGCAGUAUGGCGCUCCACAGAGUGCUGAAGGUGGUGGCGAGAUCAAGACGUUGUGGAUCGGUGACUUGCAGCAGUGGAUGGACGAGAGCUACCUCGUGAAUUGCUUCACCCCCGGUGAGGUGUUAUCGGCAAAGGUUAUUCGUAAUAAGCUAACAAGCUUGCCGGAGGGUUAUGGUUUUAUCGAAUUUGCAUCUCGUGCUGCAGCAGAGAGAAUUUUGCAGUCAUACAAUGGCACUCCAAUGCCAAGCGCUCAGCAGAAUUUCCGGCUUAACUGGGCCACUCUUGGUGCUGGUGAGAGGCGUCAGGAUGAUGGUAAUGACUAUACAAUUUUUGUUGGGGAUUUGGCUGCAGAUGUUACUGAUUACUUGCUGCAAGAGACAUUUAGAGCUGUGUACACAUCACUGAAGGGUGCAAAAGUUGUCACAGAUAGGGCUACUGGUCGGUCCAAGGGCUAUGGGUUUGUCAGAUUUGGUGAUGAAAGUGAACAACAGCGUGCUAUGACUGAGAUGAAUGGGGUAUUUUGCUCUAGCAGGGCAAUGAGGAUUGGGCCAGCUGCUACUAAGAAGCCAGUGGGUACCCAGCAGCUUCAGAAAGCCACAUACCAGAGUACUCAAGGAAGUCAGGGCGAAGAUGAUCCGAAUAAUACAACUAUAUUUGUUGGGGGUUUGGAUUCCAGUGUUACAGAUGACCAUUUGAAAGCUGUAUUUUCCCAAUAUGGUGAGCUAGUUCAUGUGAAAAUACCCCCAGGAAAGCGUUGUGGUUUUGUUCAAUUUGCCAACAGAGCUAGUGCGGAGCAAGCAUUAUCGAUGCUGAAUGGAGCCACAUUGGGGGGGCAAAACAUUCGGCUUUCAUGGGGGCGCAGUCCUUCGAACAAACAGGCUCAGCCGGAUCAGUCGCAAUAUGGUGGUGGUGGUGGUGGUGGAUACUACGGAUAUGCGCCACAAGGAUAUGAUGCCUAUGGAUAUGCACCACCUCCUCAAGACCCUAACAUGUAUUACAGUGGCUAUCCUGGAUAUGGUAAUUACCAGCAAUCUGGGGCUUACCAACAGCCACAACAGUGAUCUGUCUCCAUUGCUCGAUUGAACGAAGUGCCAGGGCUUUGGCUAGCUUGUUCAGUUCAAUUUAGGCCCCCUUCUGUUUCUGUAUCUGAUGAGGCUCGUUUAGAGUUCAUGUUUGAUCUUUUUUCUUCAUCUGUUAUGUUGUCUUUUCUCUUAUUUUGAGGGCUUUGGAUGUGAUAUAUCAAACCCUGUAUUUUCCUCUUCGUGAGAAAGAUUGGUUGUUGAACGAUAGUUGUAUGCUAUCAACAGUUGUAUCUUGUAUGGAUAUUAAAGACGUUGCUUUUCUAUGAAUCCUUCUUGUAUCUAAUUAAUUGCCUUAU